UACCAAAAAAAACAGAAAAAGAGCGCGCGUUUAGACAAUCAUUUCCCAGUUCCCGGCAACUCCUCAUUUCAAAAACCCUCAAUGGAGCGACUUGACUGAAAAUUCCGGCGAAAGAAAUACCAGAAAAACUCGCAUCAAUGGAGAAAUACAUGUGGACCACGUGCGAAUCCUCUCUCAACAACGACGACCCACCCUCUCAACAAUCCCUAACUAUAAUAAGAUCACUCAUAGUCAAUCCCCACACUUCAAUUUCCACAAUCACUUCAAUUCUCGAAACCCUAACUCGCUCACUCAAACUCACAACUCGCCGCCACAUUCUCAAACUACUCACUGACCUCGCUUCACACCGCCCUCACCUCUCCUCUUCAAUUUUCAACUCUAUCCACUCAAGUCCUCCCACUGACCUCGACUCACUCACCGCACUCGCUUCAAUUUCGGAGCAGAAUCCAAAUUUAAAAAUUGAGCUGGACGAUGGACUCUUUGUGUCCAUGUGUUUCAGUUGUGGUACGGUUUCUAACAGGCUGUGGCUACUGAAAAAUGGAGAUAAAUUUGGUGUAUCUGUGCAGGUUUUGUUGACGUUGUUUCUAGGGUUUACGAAGGAUCCGUAUCCUUAUGUGAGAAAAGAGGCGUUGGAUGGAUUGGUUAGAUUGUGUAAAUGUGGAGUGGUUUUUGAGGAUAAUGAGAGUGUGAUUGAAGGUUGCUACUCGCGUGGUGUUGAGCUUUUGAACGAUUUUGAUGAUUGUGUGCGGUUUUCUGCUGUUAAUUUGGUCAGUGAAUGGGGUCUCAUGAUUAUAGCAGCUAACCAAGAGGAAAAUAAAAAAGAUUGGUCAGAUACUGUAUUUAUGCAGCUAUGCUCUGUGGCAAGAGAUAUGAGUAUGGGCGUAAGGGUCGCAGCUUUUAGUGCGGUUGGGAAGAUACAAAUGGUAUCCGAGGAAAUUCUGUUACAAACUCUAUCCAAGAAAGUCCGACCUAUCGCGAAGGAGAAGAAAUCUCAUAGUCUCCACACUGCAGAAAAGUUAAAAAGUUUGGUAGCAAAUGCUGCUGGAGCUUUUGUGCAUGGGCUUGAGGAUGAAUUUUAUGAGGUGAGAAGGUCUGCCUGUUACUCAUUGCAUAAGCUUGUCAUUCUUUCUGCUGAGUUUGCUGCUCGGGCCUUAAAUCUGUUGAUGGACGUGCUCAACGAUAAUUCCAUGGUUGUCAGGUUAGAAGUUCUAGAAAUACUGCAUCAUAUGGCUGCCUCUGAUUGUCUAGAUGUACAGGAAAUGCAAAUGCAUAUGUUUCUUGGCACUCUGGUGGAUAUUAAUGAUGUAAUAAGAUCUUCAGCAAGAAAAGUUUUUAAACUAAUGAAGCUUUCCAAUUUGGAGCUGUUUCAACUAUCCAUAGACAGCCUUCUUGAGAAUUUGGAUAUGUAUCCUCAGGAUGAAGAUGAUGUCUUCUCCGUUUUAUUUUAUAUGGGGCGAAGCCAUAAAGAUUUCACAGCAAGCAUUAUCAAGAAGGUUUCUCGAGAGAUAGAGCCCGAUUCUAAUGGAAAUAUAAGCCUGGAUAGUGCAAGAAUAGCUGCAUUUCUUGUACUUUCCAUCUCAGCUCCACUCUCAGGUGAUCAGAGGUGCCAGAGUAUUCCACCUAGAUUUUUCUCUUAUGCAGUUACACUGCUAGGGCGGAUCUCUUUUGCACUGAAAGAUAUUCUGGACCAAGACGCCCUUUUGGAAUAUUUAUUUCAGUGCAGUAGAGCUCCUGUUUCUUCUAAUAUGGAAGUUGAAGGGGAAGAACCAUCUCUUCCUUCAAUUAAUGCUUAUGUUGGGACUCAUAAUGUGAUAGAUGCUAGCGAUCCUGUUUUGACACCAUUGCUGCAAACAGGCGUUGAAAAAUCAGAAUUUCAUUCUAUAAUAUCAGUUGAAUCAGGGGAUGUAGGGGACUCAUAUGCAGAAUGCCAACUGGAUGAGCAUGACCAAAUGAGGAAGUCUAUGAAUUUAAUGGUCGCAAAUGUCAAAGAUGUGUGGCAGUUGGUGCAAUCAAGUUGCAUUGAUACAGCAUUAAAGACUUUGAGGGCUUGCAAGGAAGAAGUGGCAAUGAUUGCUUCAUCAUUUUCAGAAUCCACCAGUGUUUUGGCGUUUAUGUCACAGUAUAUUAAAAUAAUGACACUGCUUGCGAAGAUCUGGAGGCACAUUGUGCGGAAGGGCCAGUCUUACGAAAUUGGAGAGUUGGAGAUUCUCUUAGGUAAAUUAGAAAGGAAGCUCAGAGAAAUGAGAUGUAAGUUCAUAGGGUUCUCUAAAGAAGAGGAGUCACAUGUCUUGGAGCUUGUGGUUUUGGCAUGCAUAUUGAGGUUGUUUAAACUAGAAAUCUGCUGCUACCGUACUACUUUGAAAAGGCUGUCUGCUACAAUUUCACGUCUAGAAUUUCUUCACGAGGAAGGAUCUAUUCAGCUCUCCAAUUUUGUUGGGGAAGUUAAAAGAACUCUGCAUGGAAGUGCCACUUCAGUUGGAGGUAUUUCCUGCAGUCCCUUUGCGUUAAUGGAGUUAGUUAAUCGAUUUUCUAUCGAGCAGUUCAGUUUAUGCGCAGGAGUGAGGCAUUUGUAUGCAGAAUUGAAUGUUCAGAAUAAUGAUUCUGAAAAUCCUCUUCCCUUUAUAUCAGGAUUACCUGUUGGUAUACCUUUAAUGAUCACUUUGCAUAAUACUUCAAGUGAAACCAGGUUAUGGCUGAGGAUGGCAAUGAGUGAAGAGUCGACACAGUUUGUCUUUUUGGAUCUGAACACUCUUCGAGGCUAUGGUGAGGCUAAUAAUUUUAAUUUUGUUGCACCCUUUCACAGAACUCCUAAAAUAGGUUCAUUCACGGUAAGAGUUUGUAUUGGAAUCGAAUGCAUUUUUGAAGAUGUUCAUUCAGUCAAAAUCUGUGGCGGUCCAAAACAUCCAUUACUGUAUAUUUGCCCCGAAAAAGAAGUUUAUCUAUGCAGGUUUUAGCAUCUACUGGUUUUCUA